AUUUUGUAGGCAUAAUUUGACUGCUUUUGUAGUGAAAAUCUUCCCCGGAUGUCGUUUGCACGCCUCGCGGCCACGUGACGCCGGCUCCAGUUGGUUCAGCAUGGCCGCUAUCGGCGUUCACUUCGGUUACACAUGCGCUUGUGUGGCGAUAUUCAAGGACGGUCGGGCUGACGUCAUUGCCAACGACGCAGGAGACAGAGUGACUCCAGCUGUGGUCGCCUACAGAGACAAUGAGCAGCUUGUGGGCAUUGCAGCGAAGCAAGGGCGGGUCCGCAACGCCGCCAACACGGUGGACAAGGUCAAGCAAGUGCUGGGCAGAAGCUUUGACGACGCAGAGACGCAAGCUCAUAAAUCACAGACCAAGUGCCAGGUGGUAAACCGAUCAGGGAAGCCAAAUUACGAGAUUACGGCAGGGGAACAACGAAAGUAUUUUUCUCCGGAGGAUGUUGCCAAACUCAUUUUGCACAAGAUGAAAGAAACUGCACAGUCAGCUCUGGGCUCCGAUGUCACCGAUGCCGUCAUUACCGUCCCGUUUGAAUUUGGGCACCCUCAGAAGCGCGCACUGAGGGAGGCCGCUGAAGCCGCGGGGUUCAAUGUCCUCAGGUUGAUCCACGAACCCGCCGCUGCUCUUUUAGCCUAUAACAUCGGACAUGACUGUUCUGCUCCAAAAAGCCACGUUCUGGUGUACAAACUGGGCGGCACGUCUCUGAGCGUGACCGCGCUACAGGUGAACGGAGGAAUGUUCCGGGUCCUGAACACCCAGACGGACCACAGCAUCGGCGGCGAACGCUUCACGCAGGCCUUGGCCCAGCACCUCGCCGCUGAGUUCAAACGCACUUUUAAACACGACGUGACCAGUAACGCCCGCGCAAUGCUAAAGCUGAUGAACGGAGCGGACAUGGCCAAGCACUCCCUCUCCACGCUGGGAUCGGCCAACUGCUUUGUGGACUCCCUGCACGAUGGCGUUGACUUUGACUGCAAUGUCUCCAGAGCUCGAUUUGAGCUGCUCUGCUCCUCCCUCUUCAACAAGAGCAUCCAGCCAAUCAGACGCCUGUUAGAGGAGACCAAACUCUCCACUCGUGACAUCAACAAGGUGAUCCUGUGCGGCGGCUCGGCGCGGAUCCCUCGUCUGCAGCAGAUGCUGCGCGACAUGUUCCCCGACGUGGAGCUGCUGAGCUCGGCGCCUCCCGACGAGGUCAUCGCGGUGGGCGCGGCCCUCCAGGCGGGUUUGUUGGCGGGCAGGGACCGCCUCGUCGCCGACGGGGAAUCCGUCCAAGUGGAUGCGUCUGCCUCGGACAUCCUAGUCAAGGAGGUGGACGAAUCCGGAGCCGAGGCAUUCACAGUGCUCCUUCCGUCCGGCCUGCCGCUUCCCGCCCGCCGAAAUCGCACGCUGAGCGGCGGGGGCCAACUCUCCUCCCUCUGCUUGGAGAUUUACCAGAGAUUUGCCUCUGAGCAGCCAGAGAAGCUCGCCAAGAUUAUAUUGCGAGACCUGGAGCCCAAAAAGGAGCACCACAACAUUGACACAGUGGUCACCAUGAAAAGGGACGGCUCCCUCCACGUGGCCUGCGUCGAGCAGAGCAGCGGGAGGUCGGAGAUCAUCAACAUAGCGGCCGCAUCCUGAAAUGAAAUGAAAUAGGUUUUUUUUUUUGUUUUAGUUUUUUUUUUUUUACUACGUAAGGCGGUUAAUAAACACACAUCAAUUGUUCCCCGUUUGAUGACUUCUAAGUGAUCUUCCGCACGGGCUCAUUGUCACAUGGUCCCUUCGAUCGAGUGUUGACUCGCGCCACAAAAUUAGGUGCACCUGCACCAUGUAACGCAGCGGUUCUCAAACUGGGGCCAGCGAGUUGGAUGUUGGUUGGGGUUGUGCAAAGUAAUUUGGCGAUAAAUUGCAUGUAUUGUUGUUGUUUUUUAAAUGCUUACUUACAUAUGAGGUCGCAGCCUGUCAAAAAACAUAUUACAACAACGACUCCUCCGUACCUUAUUACAAGAGUAGUCCCAAGUGUUUUUGAGAAUUUGAUGGAUCGAUUACAUUUUGAGAGUAUGAUUACAUAUGAGAGUAAAUUGACAUCCUUUCCUCAUUAAUGUUUGACUUCAAUAUCCUAAUUCGACUUUAUCUGGGAAAAAUGACUUCUUGUCGUAUUUGUUGAAACGGUCAUUAUGACUUGAUAGUAGUACAUGUUAUUAUCUGGGAAAAAGAUCGGAUUAACACCAAUCAUUUUGGCUCUGAUUGGUUGUUUUUCCUUGGGCUGCGGUGCUUUCUUUGAUAUGAAUAAUCCAAAUCCAAAAUGGGGUUUGCGUACUAAAAGGUGGCAGUAUGCCUAACGGGUUGCAUUGCAGUCACGUACGAAGGAUCGUUCAUUAACAGGUGAGCACAAAGGUUUGUUCCGACAUUUUAUAUUGCGUUAUAGUUAGAUAUGCAUUGAAACAGAAAUACACGGUAAUGUGCAAACAAUAAUCCUUGUCUGUGCUUAUCAUAUGGAGAAUUUUGUUCACAGUGUCUGGAUUUCAGUGUUGCUUCCUACACAUCCCAUACAAAAACUCCAGCUUCAUCUGUGUAGUUUGGAAGCGCAGCGUCGCGAUUCCAACUGGUUCCGUGAUGUCGAACGAGUGAUUCUUCCCCCUGUUCUUCCGUUCAGCAGCCGUGCUCGGGUACGAUGCGACACUUGAGGAUCUUCAGGUAGUUCUGGAUCUUGUCCGAGUCGCGGCGAAAGCAGUAGAGGAGCUCGUGGUCUUUCAUCAGGCGCCACUCGCCUCUUUCCGAGGGCGGGAGAUCCUCCCGGGACGACGGGCUGCUGACGGAGUUGCUGAUCAUCCCAAGCGUCUGCAUCUGAGGUAGAGAAGGAACGCACAGUAUAGCAGAAACUUAUCGCGAAGAUAUGUGUGCCUUAGUGAGCUGGAACACUUGAAACAGAAAAAUAUACCCAAAUAGUUGUCAUUAUCAUGCGAAAUCUUUAGUGAAGUGGAGUACCUUGUGGGCCACUUUCUCCACGCCUUUGCGUAGCUCACGCACCAUGUCGCUCAUCUCGAGGGCUUUGUCGGAGCUGAAGUUAGCCGCGAUCUGGUGGAAGUGCCAAAGGGGGUCCCUCCACGCCACCAGGAGCUUCAGGAUCACCUCGGUUAGCUCCUCGCGCUGCAGUAGCAAAUAUAACAAUUGGGCGUGUGGUUGGAAAAUUCCAAUUCAGGACACUUUGUCAGGGGAAUUGUCGGAAUAAACAGAAUAUUUUUGGAAACGACGGGUCAUACGAAGUAUACCGCUAUUCUCUCAGCGUUCUCCUUGCUGUCGGGGGUGAGGAGGUUGGCGGUGUGACAGUUGCGACUGACCCUUCCAAUGUGAUUCCUACUAGGCACGAAGUACUGCUCCUGGUCGGUGCACACGGCCAUCCGAGAGGGAAAUAUCGAAAGGUCUGAUGUCAUGUAAAUGUCAUCGUUCACGAGAGUACAGCAGUGAUGACUGGGUAUACUGUACUACAAUGCAUUGCGAGAUCCAAUCCGAAUGAGUCAGUAAACAGUUUUAAGAAUGCAAUACUGACUUUUAAGUGACAGUCUGGGAAUGAUUUAUUGAGUUAUUAGUGUUAAGGAUAUUUGCAUAACAGUUUGACAACAUCUUCCAUUAGACUUCCUUAAUCUUUCAGAAAACCAAUUUCAAUGAGACCCCAAUCGCUUGACAAAUAUGCAUUUGACUUCACGGAGACACGCGAUUGCUGUAGAAUGUGACUUACAAAUUCAGAGUGAAGGUCAUCGGAGAUGCUGUGCAUCCUGGCCGAGUGCUGGAUGACUCUGUCAAACAGUUUGGCCAGCGAGAGGACGCGGCACCCGGCCUGGCCGUUGGCACAGAUGAGCGCCGCUGUCACCGUGGCCGGUCCGCCGCCCGACGUAAGACCGGCCAAUAAUAGCCAAACUAGGCGGAGGAAUUGACAAGAUCAACGCAGAGAAUAAGGAUGGCACGCAGAGCGAUAGAAGUACCUGAUGUGAGCUUUCCCGGCAUCCUGCAAAGUGAGGAGGCGCUCCUUUCUCCGAUGACACAGUGAGGGUCCCUCUCUGACUCUUGCCUUUAAUAGUGACGGGAAGAGCGAGGGGUGGUGGGGGGGAGCCAGGUUAAAGCGGGGCCAAACGUUUGACGUAGUACUCCUGUGAAUCAUGAAUCACAGCUUGACAUCACACAACAAGGAAAACAACCUUCAAUGAGUAAAACAAUAUCUUCAUAGCUAACGAGACAAUUAAGGGAUUUAUUAAUGUUUUUUUAAAUGAUGCGAGUCGGCACUUAAAAUAAUAUUUAUUGCGCUAUUGUCGUUUGUCAAGAUUUGGAAAAUCAAAGAAAAAUAUUGAAUAGCUUUUAUCCGUGAGUGCCGACGGUCGGUCGUCCGCAUGUCCCGUGCGAUUGGCUGGCAACCAGUCCAGCGUGUGCGCCAACUCAACCACGGCCCUAAAGAGGACAAAUGCUUUCAAAAAAUCAAUAUCUGUAUGGAUGGAUUAUACCUGUUAAUCUUUUUUAGCAUAAGCAACUUUUCCACAGUUUUGGUUUUAAAUCAGAAAAUGAAAGGAUGACAAUAGUUGAGUUCCAACUUUCCGUAAUAAAACUUGUUUUAUUGUGCAGGAUAGAGGGUAAAGAAGGGACCUAGGAUUUUCCACAUUUUAUCUUACAACCUGAUUUUUUUAAAAAUGUUUCCCCCCCCCCUCUAAAUUCUCCAGACAAUACAUGAUGGGAUGAAUUUUUGGAGUGAUUAUUAGCUAAUUUAUUAAAAAGAAAACAUUAAGAAAUCCCAUGUACAUAAUUAUUCACAGCUUUUGCGCAAUGCUUUGUUAAUGCACUUUUUGCGAACAUUAUCUCACAAGUUCGGCACGCUGCUCUUCGGGCAGUUUCGCUUUUCCCCCCUUUGCGGCGCCUCUUCAGCCGCUUCACAUGGGAUGGGGAACGUCGGCGCUCAGUCAUUUUCAGGUUCUCUGAUUGAAGUCUUUCAUGUUCUUAUGUCACUGUCACUAUUUCUCCCCUUUUGGAAUAUGGCUGUGACUUACGAAAAUGUGGGGAAAACGGGACGUACUGGGAAAACUGGCAUUGUCCUCGAAAGCACCUGACCGUCCUUCGCGUGCGGCGCGAUGCACGUGUCAUCUUCCACGUGCGUGCAGGCAACAAUGGGAAUCACCCCCGGGCGCUCUACGAAGCGGUGACAUCAUUAAAAGCUGGGAUGUCAUACUACCGGUCUCUGACGUGGGGGUUUACUCAGCUGCCGUGCGGCGAGCCUGUAAGAACAGAUGUCAAAAAAGGUCAGCGGGAGCACUAACAGGAAGAGAAGACCGGCCCGAGAAUGCCACCGUAGAGCACUGUGUCACUUUGUGUCCCAAGAUGGUUGAAUGUCAGACAAUUCGUGGCGUAAGCGGCUGACUCACCGACGUACGUACGUAGUAGAUCAGGGUUUCCCAAUCUGUGGGUCGGGGACCCAAAAUACUUGCAUCCAUUUUCGUUGUUUGUUCUCGUUUGGGUUUCAGGCGAGCUGCAGCUUAUGUCAGCUAACUUUGGGCAAGAGGAGGGGGACACUUGGCGCUGGUUGCCAGUCGACCGUAAACAAGCAUUCACACUCAGAUUCAAUGGGCAAUUUAGAGUCUUCAAUGAAUCGAGCGUGCAUGUUUUUGUUACGUUUUGAGAAGGCCUGGAGAAAACCCACGCAGGUUCGAAGCCACAGGCCUGUGAGGCAGAUGGGUCGACCACUAGUCUUACCGUGUUGUCUCCACAGCGGGCGAAAAAUGGAUUUUUAUGGAGGGCGUUUUCUUGGCAGAGAGAUUUUGGAUUCAUAUUUGAUGUAGAAAAUUGUCUUCUCUGUUCUUAUUAUAUACGGUAUAUGUCCAUUGAAUGAUAAUGUGAUAUUUUAUUACAUUUGUAUCCUGGGGAAUAAAAUGUCUCGUUUGGGAUGCCCUGUAUUGUAAAGAUUAUUUGUUUUUUUUAAAUGGUUGAUCACAGUCUCAUUUUUUUUUUUAAAACCCUGCAUUUGAACAGGGGUGUGUAGACUUUUUAUCCAUUGCACUAUGUAUUUGAAUCGACCUAGUAACCAUGCCAAAUGUAAAGAAUCAUCCCAGUGACAGUGAUGAUGACCACGAGAAUGCCAAAAUCAAUAAGUCAUACAGUAACUCA